GAUUCUGCUUGAGUGAAACAACAGGACUGACCACCAACACAAGGGACCGUUCAUGUGAUCUCCAGUUCAUGUGAACUUUGACAACAUCUGCACGUGCAUUUUCUUUGGGACCGCUUGGACUGUUUUUGGCACACUUUUACGCACGCAGCGCAAACUGACUGUCCCGCUCGCAGCUUGAAGAGAUUGUGCAAGAAACUUUUAAUCCGGGCCAUGCUGCGGUGACUUCAUCACUGGGACCUCGAGAUCAAGUUGUAAACAGCAAGAGGCGAGGAAGGAUGCUUGGAAAAUAUUUAUAACGCACCGAGGAGAAGGAGACAAAAUCUUUUCGCGUUACUUGAUCGAGCAAAACCGAGGACAGUAAAUCACAAGGAGGCGAGCGGGCUGCAGAGGUGAAGCGAGGACAAGACAGGUUGGUGUCUCCAAAUUCACCGGGCUCGAGUUUCAAGCGCCCCGGGGGGCUCCUGGUAUUAAAGCGUGCAUUUGACCUGGGAUAAGUUGUCAACAAGAGCAGCGAGCGGAGGCAAACUGGCAGGUGUACAAGUUCAUUUACAUGCAUACGUAUAUUCACGCCACUAUAUAUAGAAGUUGUCUUAGGGACGUGCAGCCUUAAUAAGUUUCUCCACCCACCCGCCAACCCAGCUGCAGUAGCCCCCCACGCACCCGGCGUGUGCGUGCGUCUAUAUAUACACCAUACAGGCUUUGAUUCCUCUUCGCAAUCUGUAUCCGAGAGGGCUGCCCGCCGUCGGUUUGGCUGUGAGGGCAGGAGUCGUCGCAUGGACUGACAUGGCCACCGACCUUGCCAUGAGCGCAGAGCUGCCCAACAGCCCUCUGGCCAUCGAGUACGUCAACGACUUUGACCUGAUGAAAUUUGAGGUCAAGAAGGAGCCGCCAGAGGCCGACCGCUACUGCCACCGCCUCCCGUCCGGCUCCCUCUCCUCCACCCCGAUCAGCACACCCUGCUCCUCCGUGCCUUCCUCGCCCAGCUUCUGCGCCCCGAGCCCGGGCGCGCAGCCCAACCAGGGCCUCGCCAACGGCGUCAACAGCAGCGGCAGCAGCAACAACGGCAGCGGCAACAACAAUCACAACAACGCGGGCAAGCCGCAGCUGGAGGACCUGUACUGGAUCCCCAGCUACCAGCACCACAUCAACCCGGAGGCGCUCAACCUGACCCCGGAGGACGCGGUGGAGGCCCUCAUCGGCAACGCGCACCAUCACCAUCACCACCACCAGGCCUAUGAGGGCUUCCGUGGGCAGCAGUACGUGGGGGAGGAUCUGUCUGCGGCCUCGGCGGCGCACCACCACCAGGCGCACCACCACCACCACCACCACCACCACGGCCACCACGCCCGCCUGGAGGACCGCUUCUCGGACGAGCAGCUGGUCAGCAUGACGGUGCGGGAGCUCAACCGGCAGCUGCGCGGCUUCAGCAAGGAGGAGGUGAUCCGCCUGAAGCAGAAGAGGCGCACCCUGAAGAACCGGGGCUACGCGCAGUCCUGCCGCUUCAAGCGCGUGCAGCAGAGGCACAUGCUGGAGACCGAGAAGUGCACCCUGCAGAACCAAGUGGAGCAGUUGAAGCAGGACGUGGCCCGCCUGGCCAAGGAGAGAGAUCUUUACAAGGAGAAGUACGAGAAGCUGGCCAGCCGGACCUACAAUGCCGGUGGACCUGCGAGCACGAGAGAUCCCUCUGGGAAACAGGCCGAGUUCUUCAUGUGAGAGACUGACCAUUUGUAACAUAGACUCAGACUUGCACCCCAUCCCCCUUUACAAGAACAUCCCCGUCAUAUUAAGUUGUACUUUGCGUUUGUGUUUUGUUUACAGUUAUUUUCUCGACAGGAACGAACCUUUGCGGGCUCCUCCGUGCGCGCAUUUUCAGUCUUAAAAUGUGUUCAGCCCAAACUUCUGCAGCCUGUCAGUUGGACACAUGGGAUCACUUGCCCUGCAGACUUUUUUUUUCUUUCUCUGGCGCAACAGAACAUAGACAAGUCUUACUAAACCACCUGCACGUGCCACUUCGUUUGGGACCCCUGGGACUGUUUGUGGCACACUUUUACGCACGUCUGUGCAACGCCCACUGACUGACCCGACACAGAUUGAUGAGACUGUGCAAGAAACUUUCAAAUCGGGCCAUGCUGCUGUGACUUCAACAAGCUGCCCGGGACCUCGAAAUCAAGUUGUAAAUGACAUUUGACUUGACUGUCUUAAAUCAGAGAGAGAGAGACAGAUUCGUCUUAAAACUGUGGCAAACAUGAUGUUUUGUUAAAAAAAGAAAAGAAAAGAAAGAAAGAAUCGAAGCAGAAGAAGCAAUACACCGCCUCUCUUUACGCACCAGAAAAUCUCAAAAAGACUGUGUGUAUGAGAGAGAGAGAGGUGGUUUGUGAUGCAGAGACCUUUCAAUAAUGCAAGUUCUAAUAGUUCCUCAUCCCUAUUUGCAACCCUGCAUGCAGGACAUGUAUGGUAACCUCCAGUCAUCUCCAAUCCUUCCACAUGUAUGGAAAGCAUGACCCAUGCCACCUUCUCCUGCCUCCUCCUUCUCUGCCAUCAGUACAGGCCUGGGUAUGCAAAAAGCCACAAAAAAUGCCCCCCAUCCCCUUCUCCCACUUUCACCCCAUCUGAAAAGGUGUAAGGACAAACAUGCAAACCAACCUGCUUACUGCGAACAAUGGAUGCGUCUUUAACUAUUUUCAAUCAAGUUUUCUAUUGUUUUAAAAUGGAAAAAAAAACGACAAAAAGAGAUUAUCUGAGCCAGAUUUUAGACUGUAUUUAUUUCCACGUGUACAUAAUGUGUAGAGAAAUGGGUUAACUGUGUUAUUUUACCUUCUCUCUCUGUCUCUCUUUCUAAGAACCUGCUUUUGUUGCUUGGAUUAUUCGAAACGUCUUAAUACAAGUGUUUGUAUGUUACAGCAUGCAAAUCGUCUAUGGUAUCCUCCUCCAUACUGAUCAUGUGUGAAGUCAAAGGCGAACCUAUAAUGCACUAAGAAAAGGUCAAACUGGACAAGUUGUUUUCUACUCAUAGGACCUUUGAUGCGUAAAAAAACUGGAUGUAAAUUUGAGGAAUCCUGCAUUCGCUGCUAAAACUCUAUGCACCAACCUGACGAUUAAAUUAAAAGGUUUAAUAUUUCUUUCCUCAAUUUUGUUCCUUUCUUUCUCUAUUUUUUACUUUAAAUAUUUAUAGACUGAAUUUUCCAUUUCGGGCCUUGCUGUGUUUUCUUCUGCAGCCCGAUGUCUUAAUCGUGUCUGCUUGACUGGUAGUAGAUGCAACUCGAUGCGUUAUUCUGUCAACCAGAACUCGUGUGUUUUCUGCAGCCUAGAUAUAUGUGCAAUAUUGUGCAGAAGCGUGCAGAAGCAGCGUCUGGAAAUGCUCGAAUUUGGGCCAAAAAUCCUCGGAAAAGCUAAAAAAAAUAAACAUUUGAACACCAUUAAUGUAUCUUUUCAACAGAAAUGAAACAUUUAACUCCUGUUCCAAAUUUCGCAAAUCGAAAACCACAAAUUUAUUAUCCUUUAGACUAAUUUAUGAAAAACACUCUGUAAAACUGACUCGGGAAAGGCGUCCUCAAGUGUGUCUCUUUAAUUUUGAUAUUGUGAAUUCGAAUAAUUGUCGAUAAAGUGAGAACAAAUCCUUUUGGGUACUGCUCUAAAUAGAAUGAAAAAACAGCUUCUGCACAGUGCUGUAAAUGUAUAUCUGUACAUAUAAUUUCUAUAUUUAUUCGAUGUCCUGACGUGUCAACAAGUGGAAAAAAAACCUUACAAAAGUUGUUGUUUUCAUAAUGUUUAAUAAAAAGUUCUGUCCCAAAUCUGUCAA